AUGACUUCGAUUCAAGGGACUACCCUAAGAGAGAGGCAAAUAGCUUCACUCGAGAAGAUGCUUCAUUUGAAUAUAAACUCAGAGAACUCAGAUCUCACUUCGAGUUUAAAUGGAGAAGAAAUCAUAUGGAAAGUUCUAGUCCUAGACCAAAAAAGUACAUCAAUUGUUUCUUCAGUUUUGAGGGUCAAUGAUCUAUUGAGAUGCGGAAUAACAAUGCACACUUUGAUACAUGCUUCAAGAUCACCAUUACCAGAUGUUCCAGUGAUAUAUUUUGUUGAGCCUACGAAGGAUAACAUCAGCAGAAUUGCUCAGGAUAUCAAGGAAGAUAAAUACUCUAGUUUUUAUAUCAAUUUCACAUCCAGUUUGAGCAGAGACCUGUUGGAAGAAUUGGCAAGAUCUGUUGCACCAACAGGCAAAUCAUCAAAGAUUCUACAAGUUUAUGAUCAGUAUUUGAAUUAUGUGGUAACAGAACCAAGUCUCUUUUCUCUCGAGAUUCCACAUGUUUACUCCAAAUUCAGUGAUGCAAAGACAACAGAAGAGCAAAUUAACGAAAUGGCCGAAGUUGUUGCUGAUGGAUUAUUUGACUCUAUCAUCACCAUGGGCAACAUUCCUAUAAUACGCGCUCAAACAGCAGGUCCAGCUCAGUUAGUUGCAGAGAAGCUCGAUCAAAAGCUACGUGAUUAUGUUAUAAGCACCAAAUUCUCAACUAAUCAAGAUUUCUCACAAAGGUUUGUCUUAGUGUUGUUAGACCGUAAUUUAGAUCUUGCUGCUAUGUUUGCACAUUCUUGGAUCUAUCAAUGCUUAGUUGCUGAUGUCUUUAAAUUAGAAAGAAAUACAAUCAGCCUAGAGGUUGAAGAAAACGGUAAGUUGACAAAGAAACAAUAUGAUCUUGAUCCGAAGGAUUUUUUCUGGUCAAGCAAUUCUCAGUUACCAUUUCCUGAUGCUGUUGAUAAUGCUGAUACUGAAUUGAAAAACUAUAAAGAAAAAGCUGCCGAACUUACAAAAGGUGGUGGUGCUCAAUCUUACAAUGAUUUAGACGGGAAAAAAGAUGAUACAUUACAACAAACUGUCAAUCAACUACCAGAAUUGACUGCACGUAAAACUAUUAUUGAUAUGCAUAUGAAUGUUUUAUUAGCAUUGUUGAACCAGUUAAAAGCAAAAGGUUUAGACUCAUUUUUUGAAAUUGAACAAAGCUUAAGUGAUCCAAAAUCAAGAGCUAGAUUCCUAGAAGUUUUAAACGAUGAUGGUAACGUUAACAAUUUAGAGGAUAAAUUGAGAACUUUCCUUGUCAUGUUUCUGACAACAGAUCUACCAGCUGAUUUCGUAAAACAGGUUGAAGAAAGUUUCAGCAAGCAUGAAGAAUUCAACAUUGAGUCAUUGAAGUAUAUUCGCAAGUUUAAAGAAAGUAUGAGAAUGAGAGACUCAUCUAUUGUUUUGAACAGUUACACCAAGGACACUUCCAAAUCUACAUCUCAAGCAAAUUCAUCCGCUUUAUUUUCAAGUUUAUCAUCAAAAUUGUACAAUUUGACAGAUGGUAAAAUUACAGAAGGUGUUGGAUCCUUGAUCUCAGGUAUCAAAAGACUCUUGCCAGAGAAAAAGGCAAUGCCAAUAACAAACAUAGUAGAGACUAUUAUGGAUCCACAAAGUGCAACUGAAGAGAGAUUAAAAGUUACAGAUGAUUAUUUAUAUUUUGAUCCAAAAAUCAUUAGAGGCUCACAUUCAAAACAACCAAAGAGACAACCUUAUUUAGAGUCUGUGGUAUUUGUUGUUGGAGGUGGUAAUUAUUUGGAGUAUCAAAAUUUACAAGAAUGGGCAAGUUUAGCAACCACACAAGGAAACAACAAAUCAGUUGUUUAUGGUAGCACCCAAAUCUAUUCACCUUCUGCAUUCUUGAAAGAGAUUACUCUAUUAGGUUGA